AUGAAGUCCAUUAGUAGACAAUAUGUAUGGUGGCCAUGUAUUGACAAAGACUUGGAAAAAUAUGUUAGCACAUGUACCAAAUGUCAGGUUAACAGGAAUAAACCUGCCGAAACACCUUUAAGUAUGUGGGAGUACCCUAAAGAACCGUGGUCUCGGGUUCACAUAGACUUCAUGGGACCUUACAUGGGGAAGUCAUUUUUUAUUAUUGUCGAUUCUUAUACUAAGUGGAUCGAUGCUGUGAUUAUGAAUUCUAUAACUGCUGAGUGCACAAUCGAGGUGCUCAGAAGAGUAUUUGCCACUCAUGGUAUUCCUAAAGUGUUAGUGAGUGACAACGGACCAACCUAUACUAGCACCCAGUUUAAAGAGUUUACUGUGCACAACGGGAUUAAGCAAUUGUUUAGUGCCCCCUUCAAACCAUCAUCUAAUGGGUUAGCCGAGAGAGCAGUCCAAACCGUUAAACAUGGACUUGCAAAGAUGGCUGAGGGUUCACUUCAUACUAAAUUGUCACGGUUCCUUUUUAAGUAUCGUAUUACCCCUCAUUCUACCACUGGUGUUCCACCCUGCGAGGCACUUACGGGAAGAAUGUUACAUUCACCAUUAAGUAUGGUACACCCAAGUCUAAAUGAUAGGGUAAUGCAAAAGCAGGAACUACAGAAGCACUACUCUGAUCGUCAUUCCCAGGUCAGGGAGUUUAAUGUAAUUAAUGAGGUAUUUGUAGAAAAUUAUGCCAAGGGGGACCGUUGGCUUCCCAGGGUAGUGCAUCUGAGAGAGGGUAGUAAAAUGUAUGAUGUGAAGAUGACGGUAGAAUCAUGCGACGACAUGUAG